GCGUGACUGACAUUUAGUCUUUGGUUGAAAGAACGCCAUCUCACAUCUUCCGUGCUGAAGACCAGAGAAAUAUAUCACUCCACCGAAGAACCUCCGCAACCUCCGCACGCACACACACACACACACCAUGAGUCCUCCACAAGAUAUCGCCGGCGGCAUCAGCAACCUUGCGCGCCAGGUUUCCAACAGCCUUUCUCUCAGCACAAGCCCAACUCUCCAGUUCAACAGCCCGCCUUCAAGCUUCCGACAACCGCCAGGAGGCUUCAGAGAUGGCCAUGCAGGCAGCGUACCCGUAUCUUCCAACGCCUCCCAGCUCGCGAAACAGCUCAAGCCUUUCGAUACCAAGGACAUCAAGGUUCUACUUCUGGAAAACGUCAACGAGGCUGGCCUCAGCAUCCUCUCCAAGCAAGGCUACCAAGUGGAGGCGCUGAAGAGCAGCUUGCCAGAAGAUCAAUUGAUUGAGAAGAUUCGCGAUGUGCACGUCAUUGGCAUUAGGUCAAAGACGAAGCUUACUGACCGAGUGCUGAAAGAAGCGAAGAACUUGAUUGUCAUCGGCUGCUUCUGCAUUGGAACUAACCAGGUAGACCUUCAGACUGCCGCGCAGCAGGGUAUUGCCGUCUUCAACUCGCCCUUCAGCAACUCGCGCUCCGUUGCCGAGCUUGUCAUCGCAGAGAUCAUCGUACUCGCCCGUGAGCUCAGCGACCGCUCGAUGGAACUCCACAACGGCACCUGGAACAAGGUCAGCAAGGGCUGCUGGGAGAUUCGCGGCAAGACGCUGGGCAUAGUCGGCUACGGACACAUUGGUAGUCAGUUGAGUGUACUGGCCGAGUCGAUGGGCAUGGGCGUCAUCUACUACGACGUUCUGACUAUGAUGGGUCUGGGUACUGCGCGACAAGUGGCUUCAUUGGACGACUUGCUUGAGCAAGCCGACUUUGUCUCUCUCCACGUUCCCGAGACAUCGGAGACUAAGAAACUGAUCGGCACGAAAGAGCUCGCCAAGAUGAAGAAGGGAAGCUACCUAAUCAACAAUGCGCGCGGCACAGUGGUUGACAUCCCCGCCCUCAUCGAAGCCUCGCGGUCUGGCAAGCUCGCGGGUGCGGCCAUUGACGUUUUCCCUCACGAGCCAGCCGGCAACGGCGAUUAUUUCAACAAUGAGCUCAACUCAUGGACCAAGGACCUCGUCAGCUUGAAGAACAUCAUCCUGACACCACACAUCGGUGGUAGCACUGAGGAGGCGCAGAGCGCGAUUGGGAUUGAAGUCAGCACGGCGCUGGUCAGAUAUGUAAACGAGGGCACUACUUUGGGUGCGGUGAACAUGCCCGAGGUCAACCUGAGGAGUCUCACGCUUGACGAGUCGAACUGCAUGCGGGUCAUUUACAUUCACAAGAAUGUGCCUGGUGUGCUGAGACAAGUGAACAGCAUCCUUCUUCACCACAACAUUGACAAGCAGAUGUCGGAUUCGAGAGGCGAUGUUGCGUACCUCAUGGCGGAUAUCAGCGAUGUCAAGGAGGCAGAGAUUAGGGAUCUUUUCCAGAGCCUUGAGGAGCUUUCUUCAUGCAUCCGCACAAGAGUUUUGUACGGUUGAGACUGAUAGUGGUGGUACAUGGGUUGGAAGUAUGGAAUUGGGUAUUUUGGGACGAGUUGUCCUCGAUCCUUGUGUAUGACCAAAAGCAAAGCAUUCAACAUGGCGUUUUAAGAAAAAAAAAAGCUUUCAAGAUCGUGUCUUCAUAGGGGGCAUAGCUGGAUAGGAGGCAUAUAGGGGUCAUGUU